GGGAAACAGAGGUUUUGUGUCUGAGCCGCAGAAAUGUCCACUCAGAUUUAUCAUCAUUCACGGAUUCUCUCUUGAUCGCAGCUGAAUUUGUUUCUCAUCCUUCGUUAUUUCCUCCUGGCUGCGGAGGAGAGUUUUCUGCACCGGAUGGAUCCCAAACCACAAACUGCUCCGUUUCAAGGACGCGAUCAUGAUCAGUGUUUUCUCUCCUGCGAACGAUUCACGAUUGAGGAGGAAAGAAGUGGAUGAGGACACGGUGCUGUAGACUUGAGACCCCGUAUUUCUGUGGUUAUUUGUGUUGGUGGUGUGGAUCUGCUGAUGAGGAUGAUGAGGAUGAUGAUGAUGAUGAUGAUGUGAGGAUGUGAUCGCUGCUCUCUGCCUCCACACACACACACACACGCUCAUGAUGCCCAGGGCUGUGAGGAGACUGGUGCACUUGGUGCUGUUCUGCCCUCUAUCCAAAGGCCUGCAGAGUCGUCUUCCUGCCAUUAAGGUGAAGUACCUUCUCCUGGCAUGGCUGGGCAUCCUGGUCACCAGCUGGGUCAUCUACAUGCAGUACGCCUCUUACUCCGAACUCUGCCGUGGGCACGUCUGCCAUAUGGUCAUCUGUGACCACUUCAGGAGAGGCAUCAUAUCAGGCUCGUCCUGCAAGGCGCUGUGUGACCAGAGAACUCUGACCCUGCAGCACUGCAUGUCCACGUCCUCCACACAUCAGGUGUACAGUGGACUGUGGAAGGAGAGACCUGUUGUGAUCAAGUGCGGUAUUGAGGAUCCUGUGAAGAUCGAUGGGGCUCCGGACUCUGUGCUGCGACAGGAGAUGAGCUUGUUCGACAAACCCACUCGUGGAACCUCCAUGGAUGAAUUUAAAGAGAUGCUGCACAGUUACCUCAAGGUGAACCUCGGUGAUCAGUCGUCUCUGGGCACCUUGGUGGACAGGGUCAUCACUCUCGCUGACAUCAACCAGGAUGGCAAAGUGUCUCUAGCCGAGGCCAAAUCAAUCUGGGCUCUCCUCCAGAUCAACGAGUUCCUCCUGAUGGUGGCGCUGCAGGAGAAGGAGCACACCCCCAAGCUGCUCGGCUUCUGCGGAGACUUGUAUGUGACGGAGCGUGUGGGCCACAGCUCCCUCUACAGGCUGGAGGUGCCUCAUUACCUGCAGGCCCUGGUCCCUGAGGCCCUGAGUUCGGGCCUGAACCACUGGCUCGCGCCGACGUGGCCCCGCAGAGCUCGCAUCACCAUAGGCCUGCUGGAGUUCGUGGAGGAGGUGUUCCACGGCUCCUACGGCAGUUUCCUAAUCUGUGACGCAAGUCCACUGCAUGUGGGCUACAAUGCCAAAUACGACUGCAAGAUGGUCAACCUGCACAGUGUGGCCUCCGAGGCGGUUGUGAGGGGAUUUCUGAAGGGCCGGCGGUGUGAGACCAACGCAGACUGCACUUACGGCCGGGACUGCACAGCCACCUGCGACCGGCUGGUGAAGCAGUGUAACACUGAGGUCGUGCAGCCCAAUCUCGCAAAAGUGUGCAUGCUGCUGCAGGACUUCCUGCUGUUCGGAGCACCAUCAGACCUGCGCGGAGAUCUGGAGAAGCAGCUGCGCACCUGUGUGACGCUGAGCGGCCUGGCGAGCCAGAUAGAGGUGCAUCACUCGCUUGUCCUCAACAACCUGAAGACUUUACUGUGGAAGAAAAUCUCUAACACUCAGUACUCGUGAAAACAGGCUGAGAUCAUCCAGCCUGCACUUUGAAUCACAACAUCAGUUUUCUUUUCUCAUUAAACUUUGCCAAACGUUCUCGAGGAUGGUGGUUACUAGUGUACAAUUUAAUAUAUGUUCUCCCUUCAUUGACUGUGAAUAACAAGAAGCUGUGAUCUAAUGAGUUCACAUGGACGUGCACAGCACAGGCCUUAAGUUGCCUGGGCAACUGCCCGUUUGCUCACUUUGACUGAGCUGCCCCUCUGGAGAACAGAAAGGUUUUAUUAUUAUUGUAGAUGCAUAAAUAUGAGUUGUCCCAAUAGUUUGUUAAGUUGUACCUAAUUCAAUUUGAGAUGUAUUUUAGUCAUAGAAGAUUUAAAGAAAUGAUGUAGAGCAAUUUUUUUUAGAGAAUUUAUUUUCAAAGUUUAAAUAUUGUGGUUUGCAAUCGGAUAGAUGACUGUGUUAGGUUACAGUUUCCU